AUGCAAAUGGACGCAAGAUUUAAUAGUGAAUCCGAAGCGUAUACACAAUUUAUACGAACUGGUUUUCCUCCUCCAAGUGAUAUUUCAAUUGAAGGGAUACGUCAAAGAGCAGAAAAAUUACAUGAAAAAAUUAAUGAAAAAUUAAUUGGAAAAUUCAAAGGACAAGAAACAGAAAAGAUAAUUAAAAUCAAUGGAGAUAUUAAAAUACCAGUUACAAUAUAUACACCAGUUAAUGUUAAUAAAGAUAAAAUGGUCGUGUUUUUUCAUGGUGGAGGAUGGACAGUUAAUAGUCGAAAAACUCAUCAGACAAUUGUUAAUAUGCUUGCUGAUGCUACAAAAAGUAUUUGGAUAUCAGUCGAAUAUCGUCUUUCACCUGAAAAUAAAUUUCCUAUUUGGCUCGAUGAUGGAUGUGAAGUAACUCAACAGAUUCUUGCAAAUAAAACUAGCUAUGGUGGUGAUGAAAAUACGAAAGUUGGUGUUGCAGGCGAUAGUGCUGGUGGAUUAAUUUCUGCAGCUAUUUGUCAAACAAUAAAAAAUCUUGAUUUUCAAAUUCUUGUUUGUGGUCAAUAUGAGUUUUAUCAUGAUGCACCAUCACGUAAAGAAUUUGAUAAACCGAUUUAUGUUAUAAUAACUAGUAUGCUUGACUGGUUUUCAUCAAAUGCUUUCAGUAAUGAAAGUGAUAAAUUAAAUCCAAGAGUUGCAUUAUUACGUAAGAAUACAAUCAAUACAACCAUUCCACCAUGUUUAUUCAUUGUUCCUGAACUUGAUCCAUUACGUGACGAUAGUUAUAAAUAUCAAGAGAUACUUGAAAAAGCCGGAGUAAAAACCAGACUUGUCUUAAUUAAAGGAGCUAUUCAUCCAUUUUUUAGCAUUCCGGGUAUAUUUGUCAAAUCAUGUCAAGAAGCAAUCAAUGCUGUUCAAGAUUUUAUGACAAAUUUAUAA